GCUAGCACAUGGGAAUCAAGGUACCUUAUCGGCAACGAUAGCCACGUCGUCCUCGGUACACCCUUUUAGAACCAACAGACGUGGGUGCCACUUUCGAAUGCGAUCCUGUUUUGAGAAGACGUCGCAAGUCAUCAGAGCACCGAGAUUCGUUCUUGCAGCCGUGCGAGACCAGGCGCCGCGGCGCAAAGCAACAUGAGCGAUCAAAAACGAAUGAGAGAGCUAGUCUCGGGACUGGUUGUCGCUGCCGGCACGAUAUCUGCCUAUUUUCUGAUCAGAGAUCUCGUCGGUCCUUACCUCGCGAGGCUUCUCGAUCCCGAACGCGAAAAGCACGAACAAGCAAGCUUAAAGGCCCAGGCAAACCUCCAGAGGAUACGGCGGAAACAGGUCGAAAAAGGCGAGAGUGGCGAUGGCACGGAUGGGUCGCGGCACACGACCCGGGCUCAAGACUUGGUUCUCAACGAAUAUGAGAACCAGGUAGCGCUCGAAGUCGUGGCGCCCGAAGAUAUACCCGUUGGCUUCGAUGACAUCGGCGGGCUCGAGGACAUCAUCGAAGAGCUUCGGGAAUCCGUCAUUUACCCAUUAACGAUGCCCCAUUUGUAUUCACACGGUGGGGCGCUGCUGGCAGCACCAUCAGGAGUGCUGCUGUACGGACCUCCAGGCUGUGGCAAGACAAUGCUGGCCAAGGCCUUAGCUCACGAGAGCGGCGCCUCGUUCAUCAACCUCCACAUCUCUACGCUGACCGAAAAAUGGUAUGGCGACUCCAACAAGCUUGUCAGGGCCGUAUUCUCCUUGGCGCACAAGCUUCAACCCGCAAUCAUCUUCAUUGACGAGAUCGACGCCGUCUUGGGGACACGGAGGAGUGGAGAGCACGAGGCGAGUGGCAUGGUGAAGGCCGAGUUCAUGACCCUGUGGGACGGCCUCACAUCUACAAACGCCGCCGGCGUCCCCGCUAGGAUCGUCGUGCUUGGUGCUACAAACAGGAUCAACGACAUCGACGAGGCUAUCCUUAGACGGAUGCCAAAGAAAUUCCCGGUCCCGUUGCCCGGGAAGGAACAACGGAGACGCAUCUUACAACUGAUUCUUGGCGAUACAAAGCGUGACCCAGAGAACUUCGACCUCGACUUCAUCGCCAAGGUCACUGCCGGCAUGUCUGGCAGUGACAUCAAGGAGGCAUGCCGGGAUGCGGCCAUGGCUCCUAUGAGAGAAUAUCUCCGCCAGCACCGCGAAUCCGGGAAAUCCAUGUCUGCGGUCAAUCCAGAGCAUGUUAGAGGCAUCAGGACAGAGGAUUUCUUUGGGCGCCGAAGCGGGCGGAUUCUUGCCGAGAUACACUCACGUGAGCAAAGUACUGUCAAUGGACAGUCCAAAGACUCCAGUGACGGGUACGAGGAUGUAGAGGAUGCGGAAGAAGAACAGGUCACUGUUUCUGGGAAGUCUAUGGAUACAUAAGGCCCGCGGGUCUCGCAUAUACGACAAUACUGUAUUGAUGGGUGUUACAGGCGUUGGACACGGCUGAUAUUGGCAAGACCUUAUAGACUAAUACCCAAACAAAGAGGGCUUAAAAAUGUACUGUUCUUCCCUCUCAUGGAUCUCACAGCAGGCGUUUAGCCGGUUUCUAUUCUGCCAUAAUGACCUGCUGUUCGGGCCCAUUGCCGGUCUCCAUGCAAUUGAGGCAGGAAACAGACGAGCACCAAUGUCCCCAACUGUGAAAGCACUGAACUUGUUCUUCCUCGUGCUGUCAGGGCUCUAAACUGCUCAGCGUUGAGGUGAUCUUUGUUCAACGGUUAUAAGGUG